AUGCUCGAUCGUGGCGACAUAAUUACCAACUUGACAAUAUUAAAAGCCUUCUUGGCUGGCUAUUUGGUUAGAAAUGCCUUCUUGGUUGAUGCCUUCUUGGCUGGCUAUUUGGCUAGAAAAACCUUCUUGGUUGGCUAUUUGGCUAGAAAAAUCUUCUUGGUUGGUUAUUUGGCUAGAAAUGCCUUCUUGACUAGCUAUUUGGCUAGAAAUGCCUUCUUGGCCGGCUAUUUGGCUAGCUAUUUGACUAGAGAUGCCUUCUUAGCUGGCUAUUUGAUUAGAGAUGCCUUCUUGGCUGGCUAUAUGGCUAGAAAUGCCUUCUUGGUUGGCUAUUUGGCUAGAAAAAUCUUCUUGGUUGGUUAUUUGGCUAGAAAUGCCUUCUUGACUAGCUAUUUGGCUAGAAAUGCCUUCUUGGCUGGCUAUUUGGCUAGCUAUUUGGCUAGAAAUACCUUCUUAGCUGGUUAUUUGGCUAGCUAUUUGACUAGAGAUGCCUUCUUGGCUGGCUAUAUGGCUAGAAAUGCCUUCUUGGCCGGCUAUUUGGCUAGAAAUACCUUCUUAGCUGGUUAUUUGGCUAGCUAUUUGACUAGAGAUGCCUUCUUGGCUGGCUAUAUGGCUAGAAAUGCCUUCUUGGCCGGCUAUUUGGCUAGCUAUUUGACUAGAGAUGCCUUCUUAGCUGGCUAUUUGAUUAGAGAUGCCUUCUUGGCUGGCUAUAUGGCUAGAAAUGCCUUCUUGGCUGGCUAUUUGGCUAGAAAAACCUUCUUGGUUGGCUAUUUGGCUAGAAAAAUCUUCUUGGUUGGUUAUUUGGCUAGAAAUGCCUUCUUGACUAGCUAUUUGGCUAGGAAUGCCUUCUUGGCUGGCUAUUUGGCUAGAAAUACCUUCUUAGCUGGUUAUUUGGCUAGCUAUUUGACUAGAGAUGCCUUCUUGGCUGGCUAUAUGGCUAGAAAUGCCUUCUUGGCCGGCUAUUUGGCUAGCUAUUUGACUAGAGAUGCCUUCUUAGCUGGCUAUUUGAUUAGAGAUGCCUUCUUGGCUGGCUAUAUGGCUAGAAAAGCCUUCUUGGCUGGCUAUUUGGCUAGAAAAAUCUUCUUGGUUGGUUAUUUGGCUAGAAAUGCCUUCUUGACUAGCUAUUUGGCUAGAAAUGCCUUCUUGGCUGGCUAUUUGGCUAGAAAAACCUUCUUGGUUGGCUAUUUGGCUAGAAAUGCCUUCUUGGCUGGAUGCCACUGCAGUUGCUGUAGUAACAGUAGUAGUGGUCAGUAUUCGUGUACGUUUCGAGUACUAUAG